AAUGAAACCAAACAAAAAAAUAUAUUGUAACGAUGUCACAGAUUCGGAGGAUGACUCCGUUUGUUUUUGUGUAUUCCAAUAGCUGGCGCCAAAGGAUUAUUUGAUUGUCUGCUGCUCUCUGAACUUGUUGUGCAGACACAGACAUGGACACAGACACAGACGAUAGCAUCCUUUCAUUGCGGCAUAGAAGAAAAAACUAUUUUAGUCUUUACCAAGAGCGGCUGGUGUUAACAGUUUACGAGUUGAAAAUAUUUUGUAAAGAAAUAAAAUUUAAAAAUGUGUUGCCCAAAUAUGAGAACGCUUAGCCUUAUUGUUGGCUGGAUACAUUUAAUAUUGGCUGUUAUUUUAGCCAUUUCCACGUUGAUAUAUCUGUGCACCUAUAACAAUCAAACCUAUGAGGAUACCAUUAUCGAAGAGAAAAUUUCCAAUACCGGCCUACCCACGUUGGUAUUUCUUUUCUUAUUUAGUGUGGCCAGUGUAAUAUUUGAUGUAAUGCUGCUGAAAGGAAUUUCAGAGGAACGACACAAGCUGAUGUCACCAUUUGUUUUUGGCAAUUAUGUGGCCUUGGGAAUCCAAACAUGCCUAACAGUUUACAAUGUUUUUAAAGACCUCAUUGAUUCAGCAACGUUUGGGGAUUUAAUGAUUCACUUGAUAUUGAAUUCGGUGACCUUGGGUAUUAUGAUAUUUUUCUUCUACCCCAUCUACCAAGUCUAUCAGCAGAUACGCUGGAACAGUGAAAAUCCCGUGCAGCCACAAUAUGACAACGCCGAAGCUGGAGUGAAGCCGAUCGAGUCGGCAAACAAUGGCAUUUAUGUUAAUUAAAUAUUUAAUUUUUAUUAACUCGUUCAAUAAUGUUUGUCUACAAUUUACUUUUUUUUCUAUAAAUAAUUGUUAUUUAUUAAA